AUGGCAGCGGCGGCGGCGGCGGUAGGACCGGGCGCGGGUGGCGCAGGAGCGGCGGUCCCAGGUGGCGCGGGGCCCUGUGCGACCGUGUCGGUGUUCCCCGGCGCCCGCCUCCUCACCAUCGGCGACGCGAACGGCGAGAUCCAGCGGCACGCGGAGCAGCAGUCGCUGCGCCUGGAGGUGCGCGCCGGGCCGGACGUGGCGGGCAUCGCCCUCUACAGCCAUGAAGAUGUGUGUGUGUUCAAGUGCUCAGUUUCCCGGGAGACCGAAUGUAGUCGUGUGGGGAGGCAGUCCUUCAUUGUCACCCUGGGCUGCAACAGCGUCCUCAUCCAGUUUGCCACACCCAACGAUUUCUGUUCUUUCUACAACAUUCUGAAAACUUGCCGGGGCCACACCCUGGAGCGCUCUGUGUUCAGCGAGCGGACGGAGGAGUCUUCGGCUGUGCAGUACUUCCAGUUUUAUGGCUACCUGUCCCAGCAGCAGAACAUGAUGCAGGACUACGUGCGGACAGGCACCUAUCAGCGUGCGAUCCUGCAGAACCACACAGACUUCAAGGACAAGAUCGUUCUCGAUGUUGGCUGUGGUUCCGGGAUCCUAUCAUUUUUUGCUGCACAAGCUGGAGCCAGAAAAAUCUAUGCAGUGGAGGCAAGCACCAUGGCGCAGCAUGCGGAGGUCUUGGUUAAGAGUAACAACCUGACAGAUCGCAUCGUGGUUAUCCCUGGCAAAGUGGAGGAGGUGUCACUGCCUGAGCAGGUGGACAUCAUCAUCUCAGAGCCUAUGGGCUACAUGCUCUUCAACGAGCGCAUGCUUGAGAGCUACCUCCACGCCAAGAAGUACCUGAAGCCCAGUGGAAACAUGUUCCCCACCAUUGGUGACGUCCACCUUGCACCCUUCACGGAUGAACAGCUCUACAUGGAGCAGUUCACCAAGGCCAACUUCUGGUACCAGCCAUCCUUCCAUGGAGUAGACCUGUCUGCCCUUCGAGGUGCCGCUGUGGAUGAGUAUUUCCGGCAGCCUGUGGUGGACACGUUUGACAUCCGGAUCCUGAUGGCCAAAUCUGUCAAGUAUACAGUGAACUUCUUAGAAGCCAAAGAAGGAGAUUUGCACAGGAUAGAAAUCCCAUUCAAAUUCCACAUGCUGCAUUCAGGGCUGGUACACGGCCUGGCCUUCUGGUUUGACGUUGCAUUCAUCGGCUCCAUCAUGACCGUGUGGCUGUCCACGGCCCCGACGGAGCCCCUGACACACUGGUACCAGGUCCGGUGCCUGUUCCAGUCACCACUGUUCGCCAAGGCUGGGGACACGCUCUCAGGGACAUGUCUGCUUAUUGCCAACAAAAGACAGAGCUAUGACAUCAGUAUUGUGGCCCAGGUGGACCAGACAGGCUCCAAGUCCAGUAACCUGUUGGAUCUGAAGAACCCCUUCUUCAGGUACACGGGCACCACGCCCUCGCCCCCACCUGGCUCACACUAUACAUCUCCAUCUGAGAACAUGUGGAACACAGGCAGCACCUACAGCCUCAGCAGUGGGGUGGCUGUAGCCGGGAUGCCGACUGCCUAUGACCUGAGCAGUGUUCUUGCUGGUGGCUCCAGCGUGGGCCACAACAACCUGAUUCCUUUAGCCAACACAGGGAUUGUCAAUCACACCCACUCCCGGAUGGGCUCCAUAAUGAGCACAGGGAUUGUCCAAGGCUCCUCAGGUGCCCAGGGUGGCAGUGGUGGUGGCUCAAGUGCCCACUAUGCGGUCAACAACCAGUUCACCAUGGGUGGCCCUGCCAUCUCCAUGGCCUCACCCAUGUCUAUCCCAACCAACACCAUGCACUACGGGAGCUAGGUACCUCCAGCUAUGGCGUGAUGCACUGACAGCACCAGGAAACCAAAUGAAGCCCCUGCCCGGCCCAUGCCCAGCGGCUGUCCCCUCAUUCUGGAGAAGCUCGAACACCCUGUCACAGCCCUCUUUGCUAUGGGUACUUGGACACUUUUUUACACGAUGUCGCCGCUGCCUCCAAUCACCCCUGUCUACCCCUUGGCCCCGAGCGUGUGUCGCUGCCAUUUUACGUGAGAUCAUGUCAGGGGAACUCUUGCCCCUGUCCUGCCCUCCACUCUGACCUGGCUUUGACAUCUGCUGGAACAGGCAAGUCCGCCAACAGCUGCACCCAAGUGGCAGGAGGUCACCACAGCCCAAGCCAACCCACCCACCCACCCUUACGCCUGCCCCUCACCUGGGAUGGCAGCUCAGCUGGCUGCCAGGACUUCAACAACCAGGCCACAUGGUACCAUGGGCGUGACAUGCUGCUUUUUUUAAUUUUAUUUUUUUACGAAAAGAACCAGUGUCAAUCCACAGACCCUCUGAGAAACCCGGCCGGCCGGGCCCAGCCAGCAGCCCCUGUCCCCAGGCUCAGAGGCUCAGUGGUGGGGGACAGCCCUGCUGAGCCUUCAGGAAGGGUGCAGUCCCCUCCCAUCAAAGGGUUCACCUCACACUUGAAUGUACAACCCACUGGGCUGUCUGAAGGCCUCCGUCCGUGGUCCCGCCCCCUGCUCUGUCCUGAGCCCCUGCAGGUCACCCCUCCUCCAAAAGCUGAACAGGCAGCCAGGAGGGAAGGAAGGUUACUGGGCCACUGAGGCAGACAAACCUAAAGGAUCUGUCCUGGAAGGAAGGUGUCUUUUUUUCCCUGGUAGCUAACAUAGGCCUGUUUCCCACAACUUGGACCUCUGCUACCUCCUCCCAUGAUGGGCAUUUCUGGGAAGGGGUGUGGCAGGGACCUCUCCCUCUAAACAAAGAAGAGAAAAAAAGAAAAACAAACAACUGAGGAAGCGAAGUUCAGCACAGGAAGUUUUUUCCCCCUCUCCUUCAGACCCUAGAACCCCCCUCAGCAGCCAGAGCCUGGGCUGGGCCCACACUGGUGGGCGCACCUGGCAACAGCUGGGGCUUUCCUGCACCACUCUUGGCCUCCACUGAGUCCUGUCAGGGAAACAGAGGGCCCGCAGGCAGGCUGGGGGACUGGGCUGUCCUAUCCCUCAGUGAAGCUCCCUGCUCCGCUGUCCCUCCCUUGCCUUUAUAUAAAUUCUCUGGAUCACCUUUGCAUAGAAAAUAAAAGUGUUUGCUUUGUAA